UUCUGGGCUCCUGCUCUCUCUCGGCGUGGGCGGUGGGCCUGUUCGACGUGGAAAAAAACAUCCAGCGGCUCUCUCUUCCGGCGACGACAGGGCGAGGGGAGGUGGAGCCGCCCUUUACCGGAUCUUCGUCGGGUGCUUCGCCGGCCGACAAGGGUUCACGCUUAGCUAUCCCUGGAGAUGCAUCCUCCGCUAACCUUGCACAGGCAUCCUAUGUGUGCUGAGAUCAUUGAAGCAUUCCAGAAGUGCCAUGUGGAUCACCCUGUCAAGAAGUUCUUUGGCGAAUGCACAGAUCUUAAGAUUAAGCUAGACCGGUGCUUCGGCAGGAGAAAGCUUUGAAGAGGAAGGCAAAUUUUGAGGACAGCAAGAAAUUUAAAGAACAGCUGCAGGCAUAUAAAAGGGAAAUGGCUGAGGAAAACAAGGAAUCAUAACUUGGAAUAUAGGGCGAGGAUCUGCAUUUGAAUGUUCUUUUUAUCACAAUGCAACAGCCUCAGCUGUAUACUUCACAAAUUUUUAAUGUUUUAAAAAGCUACUGCUAGUGGUGAACUUAGAGUUCUGAACUCUUUCAAGUGGUUGUGCUACUGAUGUUUGGUCAAAUCUCAAGGAAGGAAACAACCUUACGUUUAAUCUGUAACACAAGAUGCUCUUGUUAGCAGAGUAACAGAACAUAGAUAACUAAAUUUGCACCAUGUUGUACUAAAAUAACUUAAGUUCGAAUUAAAGGUGAUCCUUGCCUUCUUAUAUGUCUACUCCGAGAAACAUUCUAUGUCAACAUAAUUAUCAGCUGAAUUGAAAUUUUGCUUGAAUGCCAGUGGAAACUGUUUUGUUCUCUGGAAUCCUACCAGCUACUGACAUACUGACAUGGUGAUGGCUCGUGGAUCAUUGCCUGGUCGGGGCUUUGGCAUUUAAUCAUUAGAAUUUUACAUUUUCAAUAUUUGUUAUAAUAUUUCUUUAAGAUUCUUUUCUUUAUGUUUGUUUCAAAGCCAUCUAAGGCCUGUUAGCCUUUUUUUUUUUUUCUUUUGACUUUUGUUGAUGUGCCAUCAUCCUUACCAGCACCGUUUAUUAGGGAUGGGGAUGGCUGUGACACUUAAAGGGAGAAAUCAGGACAACUAUGUAACGAUGAGCGAUGCGCUAAACCUUUCAUUUUGGGUAGCAAGGUGCUGGGCAUUGUAUUGCAAGACAAUCAAGUUCCUUUCAGAGAUGAACAGCAAUAGACUAAUAGCAAAGGGUCAAGAGAGGGAGAAAAGAAAAGAUAUGAAUCCCAUUCUUGAGUUAAAAUGGGAAUUUUCAUGUUUUCUCACAGGUUAGUUGUAAUGACUCAUGAGCAACCUCUCUGCCUUUAGAAUUUCAGUAAACAUUGAUGGUUUCAUUUGCAAGCUUGUAUAUUUUUGUGCUGUUUUUUUUAACCUUUUUUGCGUCAAUAUUGUUUUGUUGACCUGCAAAGUUAUCACAUAUGUUCAUGUAAUAAUUUGAAGUUUUCAUGUUCUGCUUACUAAAUAUAACUUUGGACCUCAACAUGUAUUCGGCUGCACAGCAAUGCACUGGAAAAGAAAAAGCAUGAAAUGGUAAUCAUGCUUAAUAUUUGCAUACCUUGUAUGAACUGGUAUCUGUAUCAUGAUUAAUUUUCUGCUCUGUUUCCUUUUACAGGUCAGUUCAAUGCUGUUUGAUUCUCAUUAUAUAUAUUUCUUUUUUUUCCUGAAGUGCAGCCAUUUUUAAACAUUACAAUCAUUAUUACUAAAGCAUGGGUAUUUAAAAUAAAAGGAUAUCAUGUAAUCAUAGCUUGAUUCGACAUUUACCUAAUAAUCUCAAUGUUUGGUUUACACAAAAUAUAUUCAGAACUUCUGGUGACUAAAUGUUAGAUACAAAAGAACAUAAACUUUUAACAGGUCAACUUAUUGUAUUGCAUUUUGCAUUUCAACAUGGUAACUUGCAUAUUGUAGAACAACCUGGUAGGCUAAGUUAUUUACUUAGCACAUGCUGAUCAAGAUAGAGAUCAUAAUGCAAUCUUGCACAGCUAGGAAAUGGCUGACAGUGAGAGAUGAUUACAUAAGCCACCGGUCUGUUGUCUGAAUCUUAAGGCAUAACUGCAGCUUGAAAUAAGUAGAGGCCUGGAAGCUAGUGGAGGAUGUUGUGCUUGUGAAGGGUGGGGAUUGAGAUAUUCUUCCACCAGAUUUGACAUUGCUAAGAUUCCUUUAUAUAUUCCUAAGUUUAUAAAGAAAGAUUGAUCAACUUAUAUUUGCUUCCUCUUGAUUUGUUCAGAACAAAACAAGAACAUAUCAGUGCCUUUUUCCAAGUAUAGUGGGGGCUCGAACCUAUGAUGGUAUGACCUCCCUCAACCACCAGUCUUGUCCAGUUGUGCUUUGGAAUUAAUAAACCGGAGACUUGUUUAUAUUCGACCUGCCCACCUACCUUUCCCCACCAGCAACCUUUUAGAUGACAAGGAUGAGUUGGGUAUUCCCAUCAAAUCACCCCCGAAGUGCCAUCCUAUCAGGAGAUGUUGUGAUAGACACUAAAAGCAAGCCACUCCUGUUUCCUCUUGGAGAGUGGUUGCUGAAGAACAAGGAGAGGACUCAUGGAGUCUAUACCUCUUCUUAGUCCUUGUGAAACUGGAAGGUUCAGGUUUUUGCACAGGUCAGUGGAAGACCUAUUCUACUAGAGUUCAGUAGACUCGGAUGACUUUAAUUGUGCUGGCACCUUUAACAAGAAACAGAUCAUAUGGCAAUCUUCCACAAUCACAUGCCAUACUGUACUACUCACAGAGGGCUACAAGGGGAGGUCUUCUGAUUGCUGAAGCCACAGGGGUGUCAUCUGAUGCUCAAGGGAUGAGUUUAUGUCCGCACACCCCAGGGAUAUGGACCAAGGAACAAGUUGAGGCCUGGAAGCCUGUUGUGAAUGCGGUGCAUGCUAAGGGUGGAAUAUUCUUCUGCCAGAUUUGGCAUGUAGGAAGAGCAUCUGAUAUGGAGAAAGAGCCCAUCUCAAGCACAGAUAAGCCAGUGGAAAAGAAUGAAGAUGACCACAUGGACUUCCCCAUUCCAAGAUGCUUAGCUGUAGAGGAGAUCCCUGAUGUUAUCAAUCACUUCAGAGUUGCUGCAAGAAAUGCUAUGGAUGCUGGUUUUGAUGGGGUUGAAAUCCAUGGUGCCCAUGGCUUCCUCCUUGAGCAAUUUAUGAAAGAUAGUGUUAAUGGUCGUACUGACAAGUAUGGAGGAAGCCUGCAGAACCGCUGUCGAUUUGCCCUUGAGGUAGUUGAGGCCGUGGUGGCUGAGGUCGGGUCUGACCGUGUAGGGAUCCGCAUCUCUCCUUAUGCCAACUACCUUGGCUGCCAUGACUCGAACCCAGAUGCAUUGGGUGUCUACAUGGCUCAGGAACUGAACAAGCACAGCAUCCUGUACUGCAGUGCAGUGGAACCUGAGAUGGUCAUGGUGGAUGGCAAGAUGCAAAUUCCACAUAGGCUGCACGAAAUGAGGAAGGCCUUCAAUGGAAUGUUUAUGGUUGGUGGAGGGUACGACAGGGAGGAGGGGAACAAAGUUGUGGCUGAUGGAUAUGCUGACAUGGUUGUAUAUGGUCGCUUGUUCUUGGCAAAUCCUGACCUGCCGAGGCGAUUCAAUCUGGAUGCUCCUCUGAAUAAGUACGACCGAUCAACAUUCUAUACCAAUGAUCCUGUUGUCGGCUACACAGAUUACCCGUUUCUUGAGGACUGUGAGCCAGUGAGCUCCACAUGUGGGGAGAAUGACAUUAAGCAGAAGAGAGGCAACUAACAAAAAGCUGAAUUGCCUUUAUGUAACUUUUGCCCCUGGAAUCAGAGCAGGCUUGAUACAUCAAUGGAAAGCAACAGUUGGAUGAUUCUCAUUUCGUGAGGUUGUUUCACAUUUGUGGCUUGAAUGAAGAACUUUUACAGAUUUGAACAAAUUAAGGUAUUUCAACAUAUGAAUUGCUGAUUUGGUCACAUCUGUAUUGAAUGGUAAUAUAUUGCAGAAGGUGCACACGGUUCUGUGUAUUAUUGCACUUUGUCGGGUCCUGAAACUUGAAAAAUCUCAUAUUACAUCAAACCAAAAGAACACAUUGAGUUGGCGUACUUUUGGAUUUUAAGUGAUGCGAAAUUAAACUCUGUACAUCACACUUAUGUCCAGCUUGUGAUUGUAAUAGUUUCUGCCAUCAUA